UGCAGUCAUGAAACAUUAGAACUAAAGAUAACCCAUGAAAGAGAAGAUGCAGAAGAUAAAUGGGUAUGAUUUACUUUUGAAGGUCUACUUAAUUAUAAAGGAAAAGAAAUUGUAAUUUUCAUAGCUGAAGAUGGAAAUAAUCGAGAAUGAAAAACCAACGACCCUCUUUGUUUGUUAAGAGGAGGAGAAGAAGAAGAGGGGCUUCUUUGUUGAGAUGGUAGCAAUAGAAGAGAGAGAGAGAGAGAGAGAUUGGGGGAAGAGAGAAGGGAGAGGGGCCCAUCCACCGCCCAUUUUACACGCUAGCAAUCUUACCGAAGCCAAACCCAUUAGCAACCCGUUUUCUUGACCUAACCCUAACCCAGCAUAAACUUAGAAAAAGGGAACCAAAUAGGCCCCAUACCAGGUUAGAGAGGAGAAAGAUGGAUGAUUUAGCUAGAAAAUCGGUGGGUGAUGCAGAAAAGCUCAUCCUCCUUUCUCUUUUCUGGUAGAAGGGUAGUAGCAAUUAAUUAGUCAGCUGCAGCAAAGAAAAAAGAAGGCAAAGGAAAAAGGAAAAGAGACACAGCAGCCCAGAAGCCUUUGCUCUCUUUUGGUUUUACUCUUCCGAAAGCUUUCUCGAUCCACACUUGUUUCUCUGAUUCCCCAUUUCUGGGCUUCAGUCUACUUGGGUUUUUGUGAACAAGACAGUGUUAUACUGUUCUGGAGAAGAGAGGAAACUGAAAAGGAGAAGACAGGCAGAGAGAAAAAGGAGAAAAUGGAUCCUGUAACAGCAUCAACACAUGGCCAUGCUCUCCCGCCUCCUUUCAACGCUAGAGAUCUCCAUCUGCACCAUCACCACCAGCAGAAUUCUGAAGAUGAACAAGGGAUGAAACGCGAACGUGAUGACAGCAGCAACAUCCACCACAGCGAUAGCAAGGAAAUGGUUGUGACAACCGGAGAAGGAGAAUUCACGAGAAGACCGAGAGGUAGACCGGCAGGGUCCAAGAACAAGCCUAAGCCACCGAUCAUUAUAACCCGCGAAAGUGCCAAUUCCCUCCGAGCUCAUGUGAUGGAGAUCGCUAAUGGGUGCGAUGUCGGCGAGAGUGUUGCCACCUUCGCCAGGCGGCGGCAGCGAGGAGUCUGCAUUUUAAGUGGGAGUGGCACCGUAACUAAUGUCACUCUCCGGCAGCCAGCGGCACCCGGUGCAAUUGUGACCUUACAUGGCCGGUUCGAAAUACUGUCUCUCUCGGGAUCCUUCUUACCACCUCCGGCUCCGCCGGCUGCGACGGGAUUGACGAUUUAUUUAUCAGGUGGGCAAGGCCAAGUAGUCGGAGGAAGCGUCGUUGGUGCGCUUGUUGCAUCAGGUCCGGUUGUAAUAAUGGCAGCCUCUUUCAGUAACGCAGCUUAUGAACGGCUUCCCCUUGAGGAUGAAGACCCAUCACUUCCGAUACAGAGCGGCGGCCCUCUCGGCUCUCCGGGAAUGGUUGGUCAGCAACAGAACCAACCACAACAACAACAGCAACAGCUUCUGCCGGACCCUAAUAACCCUCUUUUCCACGGCCUACCACCCAACCUUCUUGCUCCAGCUGAGGCCUUCUGGGCCACUGCUCGUCCUCCAUUUUAACAAAUCACAGUACAGUCUCCGAAUCUGGUUUAAUACACUUUUCCAUCACUUUCUUUUUAUUGCCAAGAAAGUCUAGAAUGACUUCGAGCUCAUUAGAAUUUAUGAUGUUGAUCAUGAUUCGGACUUUGUUUUUCCUUCUUCUUCUUCUUCUUCUUUUAGUCUGUGUUGCGUUCAGGGUACGCGUGUCUGUCGAAGAAUUAUGAUCAUGUAUAAAUUGAAUGAUUUUCUUUUUUGUGAGAUUGAUCUCAAAACAAGUGCUUCGGCAACUGCCCCAGGUGAUCAAAUACAGCUCAACUGCACAAGUGAAGAACGAUAGCAACAACUAGCUAGAGCAAGGAUUGGAAUUCUUCUUUCUCUCUCUUCAUCUCCCAUAUGACCCGUCUGAUAAUUCCUUAUUUCUUUCUCUGCAAAAGAAAAUUCUACAGGUUUCGCCUUUC